CGCAUUUCUGCAAACUUAAACCGGACGUUGAGUUGUUCUCGUUUUGAGCGGGUUGGGGGGGUUGAGCCCUGCCGGCUCGAGCUUAUAUAUAAUGUUUCUCUUCGCUCUAUUUUUAUAUGACCUCAUCAUGAAUGCAAUGGAGUGAAUGGCGUAGGAUAUGUACGGUAGUUUAUCAAGUCAGUCUUUUAUUAUUUCAGAGUUUGAAGCGGAAUGGAUACGCGGGUAUCGGAUCUAUUCGGGAGCCUUUCCACACAAAGGUCCAGCUCUCAGGGAGCUAAUAAUGGGGCUGUUGGGCUUGCCAGCAGAAAAUUCACGAAAAAUGGUAAAAAGUGUAAAAACCGCUCAGCCCGGUAUCCCAAAGCAAGUAACAUUAAUAACCACCCGCCUUAUCUACCGCCAGAGGUUGAAGAGGGAAACAUUGAAUACAAGCUAAAGCUGAUAAACCCCACAGAGUACCGCUUUGAGCAUCUGGCCACACAGAUGAAAUGGAGGUUACAGGAGGGCAGAGGAGAGGCUGUGUAUCAGAUUGGUGUGGAGGACAAUGGGCUGCUGGUGGGCCUGUCAGACCAGGACAUGAAAGCCUCUCUCCGAACACUCCGCAGGAUGGCUGAGAAGGUGGGUGCUGACAUCACAGUUCUCAGAGAGAGGGAGGUGGAUUACGACUCUGAUGAUCAACACAAAAUAGCUGAGGUCCUCAUUAGGAAAGUACCAGAUGAUCAACAGUUUUUGGAUCUGCGGGUAGCUGUGCUGGGUAAUGUGGACUCAGGAAAGUCAACUCUACUUGGUGUACUUACACAAGGAGAGCUGGACAAUGGCCGAGGCCGAGCGAGACUGAACCUGUUCAGACACCUUCAUGAAAUCCAGACGGGAAGAACGUCUAGUAUCAGCUUUGAGCUUUUGGGCUUUGACAGCAAAGGAGAGAUAGUGAACUACAGCGAUUCCCGAACAGCAGAGGAGAUCUGUGAGAAUGCCUCCAAAAUGAUCACCUUCAUUGAUCUGGCAGGCCACCACAAAUACCUGAAGACCACCAUCUUCGGCUUAACCAGCUACUGUCCAGACUUUGCCAUGCUUGUUGUCAGUGCAAACAUCGGCAUUGCGGGUACAACACGGGAGCACUUGGGUCUGGCUAUGGCAUUGAAGGUGCCCAUCUUUAUCGUGGUGAGUAAAGUGGACCUGUGCACCAAGAGCACAGUGGAGCGCACGGUCCGACAACUCGAGCGCAUUCUCAAACAGCCCGGCUGCAACAAGGUGCCCAUGCUGGUAGCUACUACAGAUGAUGCUGUCACUGCCGCCCAGAAGUUUGCCCAGUCUCCCAGCAUCACACCGAUCUUUACCCUGUCUAGUGUAUCAGGCGAGAGCCUGGAUUUGCUGAAGGUGUUUUUUAACAUCCUACCUCCACUCAGCAACUGCAAGGAACAAGAAGAGCUCAUGCAACAGUUCACCGAGUUUCAGAUUGAUGAGAUUUAUACAGUUCCAGAUGUUGGGAUAGUAGUUGGUGGAACUCUUUCCAGCGGGAUCUGCCGUGAAGGGGAGCAGUUGGUGGUUGGACCCACAGAUGAUGGAAAGUUUCAGGAGCUGACAGUGUGCAGUAUCCAGAGGAACCGCUCUGGCUGUAGGGUGCUCCGAGCCGGCCAGGCAGCUACGCUGGCAUUGGGCGAUUUUGACCGCUCUCUGUUACGAAAGGGUAUGGUGAUGGUGAGUCCAGAGAUGAACCCCACUAUCUGCUGGAGGUUUGAGGCAGAGAUCAUUUUACUCUUCCAUGCUAAAACCUUCCAUAAGGGCUUCCAGGUGACUGUCCACGUGGGCAAUGUUAGGCAGACGGCAAGAGUUGAGGCUCUGUACGGAAAGGAUGAGCUCCGCACAGGUGAGAAGGCCGUGGUACGAUUCAGGUUCCUCAAACACCCAGAGUACUUGAAGGUGGGUGCCAAGCUGCUCUUCAGAGAGGGAGCUACCAAAGGCAUCGGUCAGGUCACCAAACUCCAGCCUGCGUCGCAGUACCAGCACAGCUCUUGA